GUGCUCGCGCUCUUCCUCAUCCCUCUUCGAAAGAUGGCCGUUAGAAGCAACAUGGGCUUCAGCGCGAGUUUUGUCUGCUAUGUUAGCCUUAUACUCGUUUCAUUGAGCGCUGUGAUCAGUGACGGUAAUGAUAAGAAUGAAUCUUCCAGUAAGAAUAUUACAGUCACAUCAUCAUUAGUAAAUACAACUUUGACAGACGUCCAAGAAACAAAUUCUUCAAUAUUAACUGAGAAGAGUGGUUCCACAACAGUGAUGCCUUCCACAUUACCUUCUACUACAGCUGCAGUCACAACUGAUACUACUACUGUCACCACCGUCAAAACCACAUCUCUGAAAAUCACUUCCACCACUGCAUCACAAGAUAUUAUUGAUGCCGAUUUCGUACACGAAAACUUAAUACCUACAGAUACAGUUGAAGCAGAGCAGACCCCUUCCACAACUUUAAUAGACAGUGAUGGGUAUGAAUACUUAGAGCAACAGGAUUUUGAUGGAGAAAAUAUUGUUAUACCUGAAACUGACGUUAACAGUGACUUCAUUGAAGCUAUGGAUGGAGAAGAUUUAGUAACUGCCAACAAGGAUGACAGAAUUGAAGACAUCCCAGAUCAUUUUAAAAGCAGCUCUUUCAAUAGCUCGGAAGAUGAAGAUACACACUUCUUUUUUCAUCUUGUCAUCAUUGGAUUUUUGGUUGCUAUUAUAUAUAUUACCUAUCAUAAUAAGAGAAAGAUUUUACUUUUGGCUCAAAGCAGACGAUGGAGAGAAGGUCUCUGUUCCAGAACAGUGGAGUAUCAUAGACUUGACCAAAAUGUUCAUGAAGCAAUGCCAUCACUCAAAAUGACCAAUGAUUAUAUUUUUUGAAUCUGAAAUCAUUAGGACUCUUUUUUAACAUUUAAUUCAAGUCUCCUUACUAGUAAGUAAUACUGUAUAAACUGUGAUGUUAAAAUAUUGUUUUUUCAUUUAUUUGAAGCAGGGCUCUUCCUCUCCCUCUUUCACUUUUUGUUGAGGUUUUUGUCCUUAUAUUUUGGGUUGAUUUAAUGGAGGUAUACCUUGUGCAUUAAAAUAAAUGCCUAAAAAAUAUAUCCAUAAAUAUUGAAGAAAUGAACCAUGGAGUCUCCGGUGGCUUAGCUAGUGCCUCAUAUUGUCAUACAAGGGGAACCUUGGGAAAUAAGCUGCUAAUCUGCAAUAUAUUAUUGUUU